AUGGUUCAUUCCAAAUUAGGCUGUUAUGACGGUGCGUUCUUAUCCACAACAUCAAAACUGCGUCUGCCUAAUAAUGCGCAAGAAAUAGAAAAUGCCGCAGAAGGUGAACAAAAUGAAGUCAACGAAGAGAUUGUGGAAGCGACAGGCUAUGCGUUCAACCAUGUUGAAAAAAAGAAAAGUCUGAUCAAACCAGAGCAUACUCUUGCUGAACAAAUAGCUUACAUGCGAAGCAAAGCUUAUCAGAAUGCGUAUAAAGGUAAACCAGUACAUGCGUGGUAUAGAAGGAAUUACAAAGGACAAGCUAUUUUCCAACCUCCACCGCGUCUUCGCUGCUUGGAUAAAGAUAAGAAGUUUCGAACUAACAACGCUUGUCCGAUUUGUAGAGAUGAAUAUUUAUUUUUCGAUUACCGGAAUCCAGAACUUAUUAUGCAGUUUUUGAAAUCUGGGACGGCGGAACCAUUACCGCUUCUUCAGACUGGCCUUUGCUUCGAGCAGUAUCACAAUCUUCGAGCUCAGCUUUUGAAAGCGAAAGAACACGGAACGAUCAAAUUUUGCGUGCCUUUCCGCAAUUUUGAUUACAAGGUUUGGUACUCAUGGUGGGACGGCCCAGAACAUGUUCCAGUAUACCGUGGCAGUACUGGAGAAACAUUGCACAGGCUCUACCCCGAUCCUUUAGUAAUUUUCCCCACUCACUCACGAGAUUUUAACAACAACUGGGAUCAGUGGUGGGAAAGAUACACCUUUGCAGUAAAGGGUAAAUAG